AUGGCAGCUGACUCAGAGCCUCAGAUCGACAAGAUCGAGCCCUCUGCCCCAACGAAAAUCCCAUACUGGCGCUUGGUCUUUGAUCAGGGCGUCGUCACGCAAGAGAUCAUUGAUCACACAUACCCCGGUUCAGGAACAGAUGAGGACCCCUUUGCAGUAACAUGGAUCCCCGAUGACCCUCGCAAUCCCAUGAACUUCAGCGAGGUGAAGAAAUGGACUUUUACUAUGCUUGUGGCCAUCGCAACAUUGGCUGUUUCACUAGUAUCAUCUGCCUAUACCGGCGGUAUUCAAGAGAUCAUGAUGCAGUUCAAUAUCGGGCAAGAGCUUGCCACUCUUGGUGUUUCACUUUUCGUUCUCGGUUUCGCCAUCGGACCAUUGCUCUGGGCCCCACUAAGUGAGCUGUUUGGUCGCCAAGUCCUGUUCAUUACCACCUAUGCCGCCCUCACAGCUUUCAAUGCCGGUGUCGCAGGUUCUCAGAAUGCCUGGUCUAUAAUCAUCCUUCGGUUCUUCGCCGGUUCCUUUGGAUCUUCGCCUUUGACCAACGCAGGUGGUGUCAUUGCGGAUAUGUUUCCCGCUAAGCAGCGAGGUGUCGCCAUGAGUCUGUUCGCCGCUGCACCUUUCCUCGGCCCUAUCAUUGGCCCCAUCGCUGGUGGAUUCAUUGGUAUGAGUGACGGUGGCUGGCAAUGGGUCAUGGGUUUCCUUGCCGUCUUUGCUGGUACUGUUUGGAUUAUAGGCUCUCUGACGAUCCCUGAGACCUAUGCGCCCGUGCUUCUCCGCCGCCGUGCGGAGAGGCUCUCAAAGCUGUCGGGCAAGGUCUACCGGAGUAAGCUUGAAAUCGACCAAGGCAAGGUCUCUCUCAAGGAGUCGUUCAAACUGUCACUCUCCCGCCCUUGGGUUCUUUUGUUCCAGGAGCCUAUUGUGUUCUUGCUAUCUCUCUACAUGGCUAUUGUUUACGGUACCUUGUAUAUGAUGUUUGCCGCUUUCCCUAUUGUCUACCAGCAGUCCCGCGGCUGGAACCAGGGUGUUGGUGGCCUUGCCUUCCUCGGUAUCAUGAUCGGCAUGUUGAUUGCCGUCGCCUACUCGCUCUGGGACAAUAAGCGCUAUAUCGAGGUAACCGAUAAACAUAAUGGCUUCGCACCACCGGAAGCACGUCUCCCGCCCUGCCUCGUCGCAUCCGUCGCAAUCCCAAUCGGUCUAUUCUGGUUCGCAUGGACCAACUAUCCCUCAAUCCACUUCAUGGUCAGCAUUGCAGCUGGCGUCCCCUUUGGCUUCGGAAUGGUUCUUGUCUUCCUCAGCAUCAUGAACUACCUCAUUGACUCCUACACCAUCUUCGCUGCCUCCGUGCUAGCUGCCAACUCCGUCAUCCGUUCGCUCUUCGGUGCUGCCUUCCCUCUCUUCACCACCUACAUGUAUCAGAACCUGGGUAUCCACUGGGCAUCGUCGAUCCCGGCUUUCCUAGCGCUCGCCUGCGUGCCAUUCCCAUUCUUGUUCUACAAGUACGGUCCCGCGAUCCGCACCCGUUGCAAGUUCGCCGCCCAGUCCGAUGCGUUCAUGCGCAAGCUCCAGGAACAGGUCACUACAGCGCCGGCGGAAGAGGAGAAAGUGGAAUACGACCGCACAGAGGCUCCUGUGCCCGAAGGCUCGCUCUCCAGCGAGUCCCAGGACGGUGUUGAAGAACUCCCUUCUACGGAGCGCAUUCGCAGCCAUGCGCACUCUGUUGCUUCCACUCGCACUGCUGGCUCGUUGGCUCGCUCGGUUACCUAUGAAGGAAAUCCUUACGACAUUGACCGUGUCCACACUCGUGACUCCUUCAAAUAG